CAGCGGGGCCCUGGUCCAGGUGCUUUGCAGCCUGGCGCCUUUGCGGAAUUGGGGGCCAGGACCUGCGGGAGUACGAGCGCUGUCCGCGGGUAACCUGAUGCUCUUCCUCUCCUAGAGCCCAAGCCCUGUUGCGGAGCUCCCGGCGGCCUGGCCCGGAGGCGCUGCAGCUGCGCCUCGCGUCCCUGUCCGCCCGCACCAUGAACACCAUCGUCUUCAACAAGCUCAGCGGCGCCGUGCUUUUUGAGGACGGAGGCGCUCCGGAGCGGGAUCGGGGCGGCCGGCCCUACGGCAGCGUUCUGGACAGUCCCCACGUCCGCCCCGAGGUGGGCAUUCCCGACGGCCCGCCCCUCAAGGACAACCUCGGCCUGCGACACCGGAGGACCGGGGCCCGGCAGAAUGGCGGGAAGGUGCGGCACAAACGGCAGGCGCUGCAAGACAUGGCGCGGCCCCUCAAGCAGUGGCUUUACAAGCACCGCGACAAUCCGUAUCCCACCAAGACCGAGAAGAUUCUCUUGGCCCUCGGGUCGCAGAUGACGCUAGUGCAGGUGUCAAACUGGUUUGCAAACGCAAGACGUCGGCUUAAGAAUACUGUUCGACAGCCAGAUUUAAGCUGGGCUUUAAGAAUAAAGUUAUACAACAAGUACGUUCAAGGCAACGCUGAGCGGCUUAGUGUAAGCAGUGAUGACUCGUGCUCCGAAGAUGGAGAAAACCCUCCAAGAGACCUCAUGAACGAAGGGGGCUAUCCUACCCCAGUCCACCAUCCUGUGAUUAAAAGUGAGAGCUCAGUAAUGAAAACUGGAGCGAGGCCGGAGUCCCGGGCCAGUGAGGACUACGUGUCACCCCCAAAAUACAAAAGCAGCUUGUUGAACCGUUACCUUAACGACUCUUUGAGACACGUCAUGGCCACAAACACUGCCAUGAUGGGAAAAACAAGGCAGAGGAACCAUUCGGGAUCUUUUAGCUCCAAUGAAUUUGAAGAGGAACUGGUGUCUCCAUCAUCCUCAGAAACAGAAGGCAACUUCGUCUAUCGCACAGACGCUCUGGAAAAUGGCUCCCAUAAGGAGGACGGUGCAGCUCACAGAAAGGGGCCGAGCAAGGAUGACACAUACUGGAAGGAGAUCAAUGCCGCCAUGGCCCUAACAAAUCUCGCGCAGGGAAAGGACAAGCUGCAGGGAACUACCAGCUGCAUCAUCCAGAAGUCGUCCCACAUAGCGGAAGUGAAGACCGUCAAAGUGCCCCUGGCACAGCAGUUUUAACACCGGCUGGAUGUUCCUUGUGUCAGUGAGUUCCCAUACAUCCUCAGCCUAGGAGCCGAAGCAGGAGCGACAGCGCCGCGCCCCUUUCAAGCCUCUUAUGUUUAAGUAUCUUACAUAGAUCAUUUAGUUGCUUCUAUAAAAGACAUAUAAGUUAUAUUAAAAAAAAAACCUCACUUUAAUCAAAAGUAUUAACUUAUUUUAUGUUACUCAAACCACGCAUAAAACGUUUGCAUUGCCAUUGCAAUAAGUGCCUUGCUUCCCGAAAAUAAGCUCCAACGUGGGCAGAGCGGAACAGCUGUGCCUCAAAACGCCAGCCAUGUGUUUAUUACUCUGUGCGCAUCAUUCCAGACGGCCUUGCCAUUCCAGGACUGAAACCAGAAUUGCCAAAAGUCCUCGAAAUAUGUUCAAUAAGUCACAUGUUAGACUGUAGAGAUCCGUUCAGACCCAGUGAAAUGUUCCUUUAAAAAAAAAAGUUCUACCGUAUUGAGAAACUGCUAAGUGCGUUUCAGAGUGUCAGUGAGAAUUGCGUGCAUGUAUCUUGCCGGCGUGUCCGAUAUGUACACACUUCGAAAGGAGAGGCAAGUGGUCCACGUAAUACGCACAUUCCAGAAAUGACUGCUUCAAACUAACUUAAAACUGCAACAAAUAGGUUGGGAUCAGAAAAUUAUUUCUAAAACUACUGGAAAGCACCACAAUGCCCUUUAAAAUGAAUUGGAAUUCUUUCUUCCCUCGAGUUUUACUGAAGUUUUUAAAAACUGAAUUACUUAAAUAAUUCGGAAUUUUCCUGUGCAAAACCUACCAUUUAGUUUUAAAACAUAAUCGUGUUUGCCUUAGAGUUCAGUGUUUUGAUUUUUUUGGGGUUUUUUUGUGUGUGUGUGAUGGAAACUUUUUUAUAUGGGAUGACUAAAAACCUUUUAUUUGGUUCAUUUCAAAUUAUAAUUGCUGAUGGACAAUUUGUAUUGCAAUGAGAACAAGGCAAUGAGAGAAAUGUGUCUCUGUAAAUAUACAUGCGGUGCAUAAAAUUGAUUUUCAAAUUUAAAACAUAUGGAAAACAAAACAUGGAACAGUCUCUAAAUUUUGCCAAGCAGGACAUUAAAGUAAGAAUAAGGUGAAAUUAUGCAUUCAAAGAAAGAAAGAGCAUUCUGUUUGUAAAUUAGACUGCCAUUGACUGAGAAUAAUCAAUACCAAGAUAGAAGAAUAUCUUUUUUCAAUUGAACAAUAAGAUUCUAAUCAGCUUGGGAAGACUUGGAACUUGAAUAAGCAAUAGAGAUGCCAAAUAUAACAGAGUGUAUGUGCUGCAGAGAAAUUAAAGGGAUUUGACUCUUUUAUGGUGGGAUUUUUUGUCUGGGUACGUAAUCUAUUUUGUCAUUUUUUUUUUUUUUUAAACUGGAAAGCUUGUUUGUGAGUGUCAAUGAGAGCCAAUAGUGCAGCCAUGGGGUGACAUUUUUCUUUAUUUUGCAAAAUGCUUUUAAAACCAAAGGCUGCUCUAAUCUAAGGACAGUAUCAAUAUUGAUAUCAAAAAUUGUAGGACACUUUUUCAUGUAACAUAGCAUUUGGGGAUUGGGUUUAUUUAGUGUAAUGAAGAUAAUUUGAUAUAAAAUAUUUUGUAUAUAUAUAUUUUUACUUUGUUUUCUAAAUUGCUGUUUGCAAUAAGUGUAAAACAAGAUAUGUAAGUUAUGACUGUGUGAACAGAUGAAGUAUGCGUUCUUUUGGUUUACAUCCUUACGUAGUUAGAGCUCCACCAUAAAAACUUCGGAAUCUGUACAAAAUAAUUUUGUUAAAACGCGAGAAUGUCAAUGAGAACUAAGGACAAAUACUUCACUCUUUUUCAUACUAUUAUAAGUUAUUCUGGUAUUAAAUAUUUUAAUAAAAAGUGGUUUUGGUUUGGCAUAUUUUAGUUAGAUGGAUAAAUGCUGGUUGCAUUUUAUUUGAAUUAAUCAUGAUUUGUUUUUACCAUUUUUUUUUAAAUCAAAAAACUUGAUCCGUGUUAUAAACUAUAAAUGAAAAGCCAAUAUAGGACAGCUAUUCACAUAAUUUUUUUUAAAUACCAAAGCUUUCAGUCUGACCUAUAAACACAUUCAGAUUUUAUAAUUAGCACAUCCUUGGCAAUGUCUCCAAUUGCAAUUACCCUUAAUUUAUUUUUUCUUUUGCUGCUUUAACAUAUUCUGGAAAUUUAAGUCCCCCUUUAAAAGAAUCUUGAACAAUACUGAGCCAGCAGCUGAGAACCUAACUCCUAAUUUAUGUUGCAGAGACAUAGAAUUACCUCUAUUCUUUGUUUUGCCAUAUGUAAUCAUUUUAAUAAAAUUAAUAACUGCCAGAAGUUCUUGACAGAUUUAAAAUAAAAGUUAAUUUC